AUGUAUUCUGAAGUAACGAAUACUUAUAAUGCCGGCGAAUCGGCCCCAUUUCUCACCACCAUUCUUUUUAGUGUUGAGGACCGCGUCGGUGUUCUGGAUGGAUGUUUAUCAGCCGUCAAGAAUUUAAAUAUUUCAUUAACGAGAAUUGAAAGUCGUCCUAGUAAGAAUCCUGGCUGGGAUUAUGAUUUCUUUAUAGACUUUAAAGCAGAAAAUGCUGAACAACUUACUCGCGCGGUUCAAAGUCUGGAGAAAAUUACGAAACAAGUAAAAGUCAUUAGCUCCAAUACUACACAUACCUUGGCAGAUCAUAUUCCAUGGUUCCCACGUAAAAAAUCGGAUCUCGAUACUUUUGCUGAUAAAGUUUUGGAAAUGGGAGAAGAGCUUGAUUCUGAUCAUCCGGGUGCAAAGGAUCCGGUCUACAGAGCGCGACGCGCAGAAAUUACUCGAGUUGCAAAAACGCAUCGUCAUGGUCUACCUCUUCCUACCAUUGAAUAUACUCCUGAAGAAAUUGCUACGUGGGGCGUUAUUUUUCGCAACCUGGUAGCCUUGUAUCCAACUCAUGCAUGCAAAGAACAUCAAUACGUGUUUCCUUUGUUAAUUCAGAAUUGCGGUUAUAGGGAAGAUAACAUUCCACAGCUAGAGACUGUUUCCAGAUUUUUGAAAGACUGCACGGGUUUCACUCUUCGCCCGGUCAUGGGAUUACUUACAUCUCGGGAUUUCCUCAACGGUCUUGCUUUUCGCGUCUUCCAUUCGACGCAAUACAUUCGUCACCAUUCUAAGCCGCUCUAUACUCCGGAGCCAGAUGUGUGCCACGAAUUACUUGGGCAUGCACCUUUAUUUUGCGAUCCGGAUUUUGCAGAUUUUUCUCAGGUGAAAAAUUUAUUGUGUUAUUCUGGAUCCCGAAUCUCAGGAGCUAGCGACAGUGAUUUAGAAAAACUAGCCACGAUAUAUUGGUUUACGGUUGAAUUUGGCUUAUGCCGUCAAGGUGGCGAAAUUAAAGCAUAUGGUGCAGGAUUGCUAUCUUCAUUUGGCGAACUGGAAUAUUCACUAACCGAUAAGCCGGAAAAAUUGCCAUUCGACCCUUACAAAACCUCGGUGCAAUCAUAUAUCGUGACUGAAUACCAACCCAUUUAUUUUGUUGCGGAAUCCUUUAAGGAUGCUAAGCAAAAAGUGCGCGAAUUUGCAAAGACAUUGAAUAGACCUUUUUCCAUACGAUAUAAUCCUUAUACUGAGAGUAUCGAGGUUUUGGAUAAUCAGGAGAGAAUAUUGAGAUACGCUCACAGUAUCAAGAGCGAUAUGAACAUAUUAGUGGAUGCUCUGGAAAAGUUGUAUUAG